UCUUUUCUUCAUCCCUUUACAUCCAUUGACAGGUCACCUUCCCAACAUACCGCUCCACACACGAAAAAGAAUGGCGAUUAAGGCGCUAAAGCAUGCUCUGCUCACUGGCUUCGAGCCCUUUGGGAAUCCGGUGCCCGACGAUAACCGCAGCUGGGAGACGAUCAAGCAGCUCAGCAACGAGUGCAUCGAGACCGACUCUACGACCAUCCUCUGCCACUGCUACGAGAUUCCUGUCAGCUACGGCCCAGUCUCGGAGCUGGCGCACAAGUCCGGGUACACCAAUCCUGGAAAUGGUGGGUCAGCGGAUGUAUCCGCUGACGGACAUGUGCCAGUGGCUGCGGACCUGCCCGAGACGCUGGAGACAGAGAUUGAUGUGGAUGGGCUGAGGGACCACCUGAUCGAGAGAGGCUGGGACAAAACGGAGGUCAGCUUGGAUCCAGGCAGGUACCUGUGCGACUUUACAUACUACACAUCGCUGGCGGAAGCCCGGUCCACGUACGAGGGGCGCGGGCUGGCACCGCCAAAGACCCUCUUCGUGCAUGUUCCCCCCAAGACCGAGGAUCCGUACAGCGACCUGCGAACUAGCCGAGCUGCAUUGGAGGGAAAUGGGAAGAGGAAUAGGUUUUGCAUGGAGGUUGCUCAAGUUUGA